UUCCCUGCUCAGCUGGUCCAAGUAUCGCCAUGCGCUCCCUGAUACUAUUGUCUGCAGUCGGCCUCGCCCUCGCCGGCAACCUUGGCGGUGGCGGCGGUGGCGGCGGCUUCGGCGGUGGAGGAUUUGGUGGCGGUGGUGGACAUCACGGCGGAGGUGGCGGCGGUGCCGGCGGUGGAGCCGUAGUGAGCACAUCUGUGGUCGAAAUCAAGAGUCUUGGCUCGACCGGAGGCGGCGGCGGCGGCGGCGGAGGCGGUCACCACGGCGGUGGUGCCGGCGGCGGCUUCGGCGGUGGAGGAUUCGGUGGAGGCGGCUUCGGCGGAGGUGGACACCACGGUGGUGGUGGAGGCGGAGGCGGCGGUGGCCAGGUCGUUGGAACGUACAAGGCCGGCCCUGCCUACUUGGUCAAGGCGCUGCAGCCCGUCAGCGGUGGCGGUGGCGGCGCAAUCGGCGGCGGUGGUUUCGGCGGUGGUGGCUUCGGUGGAGGAGGCUUUGGCGGUGGACAUGGCGGUGGACUCGGCGGUGGACUCGGCGGCGGUGGAGGUGGAGGCAGCACGGCCACCUACCACGUUACUGUCAAGGGUGGUGGCGGCGGAGGCGGUGGUGGCGCUGGAGGAUACGGCGGCGGCGGCUUCGGCGGCGGAGGACACCAUGGCGGUGGCGGCGGCGGCGGUGGCCAUGGUGGAGGAGGAGGAGGCGGCGGAGGAUGGUGGUAGAGUACACCAGCAGCCACUGUACCAUCUCAUCGUUCACAAGUGUCACUCAAUAAUCGCCAAAAAAAGCUGUAAGAAGCACUUAUGGAAGCCUCGUGUGAACACAGACAAGUAGCCAUCACGUGACAGCGAGUAGAGCAAUCCAGUGUGGAUGAUCCUACCACUGCCGAGAACGCUGCAAGCCAUGGAGGGCCGAUAAAGAUGAAAUACGCAUGAAAGAAAGAAGUCUCCGCGACAUGCUGUGAUAAGAGGCGGAGCCGCCUGAAGCUUUGACUUUCUACGGAUUAGCCGUGAACUUGAAAGAGUCAAGUCUUUUAUGGACCGACUGCGUCGAAGAUGUCUUCCACGCGGCGACGCUCUCGCAUACGAUCGACCUGCCAGCCAUGACCCACAAUUGUGGAGCCAUAGUCGCAGUGACGGCACCUUUACCUCGGCUGAAAUAUGCCACAAGAACAAUAAACUACGG